UAGUUUUGUCAAAGUUGUUAAUAUGAUCAGUAGAAAAUCUUUCGAACUUCGGACGCAUAUCGCAGUUAAUAGGGCACGUUUGCAAGAUAGCAAUCUCCGUGUAUUAUUCAUUCUUACGUUAGUAGUGACUAUUUUAUUCGAUUUGAACGGAGCGAAAGGCCAAGCGAUGACUGAAAUUCAAUCUCUUUUUAAAGAGCACUGUGUCGUCCCUGACGUGAUAAGCAUUCCACCUCCAGAUGUUUUGACUGUUAAGUACCCCAGCGGUUCGACUGUGGAGACAGCCAAAGAACUCACUCCCACCCAAGUGAAAGAUCAGCCUACAGUAACAUGGGCCGCUAAGGAACAAGAAUAUUAUACUCUGGCUAUGGUGGACCCCGAUGCCCCCAGCCGUGAACAUCCCAAGUUCCGUGAAUGGCAUCACUGGCUCGUUGGCAAUAUUCUUGGCACAAAUGUUGGCAAAGGUGAAAUAUUAUCUGACUACAUUGGUUCAGGCCCCCCAAAAGGAACAGGAUUACAUCGCUAUGUAUUUUUAGUUUAUAAACAGCCAGAAAAAUGUGAUUUUUCAAAAGUUAUUAAGCUGCCGAAUAACUCUGGUGACAAAAGAGGAAAGUUUUCUAUUGCAAAAUUCGCCCAGCAAUUCAAACUUGGAACCCCGGUUGCUGGAAACUUCUAUGUUGCCAAAUAUGACGACUAUGUGCCAAAAUUAUACGCAAAAUUAAAGGGGUAAUUGAAUC